CCCAUCCAUCCAUACGGUUAUUUUGUUUGGCUUCGGCUAUUUUUAUUUUUAUCAUCUAUAUCUAUAUUGAUUGAUGAUUGAAAACAUGUGAGUAAAUGGCCAAAAUAAAAUUGUUAAUUGUAAUGGGACCGAGCGGCUGUGGCAAGAGUACCAUUGCCAAAGAGUUGGCCAAUCGUCUUAGCAAUGGUAGUUAUGUGGAAGGUGAUCAAUUACAUCCAAAAUGUAAUGUGGACAAAAUGUCUAAUGCAAUUCCUCUUGAUGAUGAUGAUCGUUGGCCAUGGUUACAAUUGAUUCGUGAACAUUGUGAAAACAAAGCCAUUGAAAUCAACGAUGAAUUGGAUAAUGAUGAUCGAGAUCGAGAACACUUUAUAAUUGUAACAUGUUCGGCGUUGAAAAAAAUCUAUCGGGAUCGAUUACGACAAAUUCAACAUGUAGAGUGGAUCAAAUUCAUCUUUCCAAAUGGAUCACAGCACUUGGUUAGAGAAAGAAUCAGCCAACGAAAGAAUCAUUAUAUGAAAUGCAACAUGCUAGCAUCGCAAUACGCGUGUUUAGAAUCACCUGUCGAAUCCAACGAAAACGAUGUCAUCCAAGUCGAUAUAGAACAAUCAAUUGAUACGAUCGUUGAGGCAAUUAUCAAUCAUCAUCAAUUGUGUGACUAGUAAAUGUAAAAUCUAUACGUUUAUUUUGACAAAUUGCCUCCUUGUCUAUCUUUUUUGUUGUGAUAAUUUACCAAAAAUUCUUCAAUAUUUGAGCCUAAAAUUUUCUGAAUGAAAUAAAUUCUAAAUUAUCCAUCUAAUCAUCUUAUUA